AUGGGAGAUUCACGACAACAUGAGUCAUACCAAAAUGCCAAUGGCGAAUUUGUGAGAAAGGCUAGCUCCUUCCGGGAUACCAUAUCAAAAGCACCUGAAGCCAAGUUUGCCCCAGAGAAGGACCGAUAUGCUCUCUAUGUCAAUUACGGCUGUCCUUGGGCCCAUCGUACUAUCCUAACCCGCUCCCUCAAAUCCCUAGAGCCCGUCAUCCAACUCAUUACAACCGACAUCGAGCUCUCUGACAAUGGUUGGCUCUUCACUGGUCGCAAUGGGUCACUUCGAGCCGAACCUCUCUACGGCUUCACGAACAUGAGACAGCUUUAUGAGAAAGCUGAUCCCAAUUACACCGGCCGUUACACUGUGCCCGUUCUUUGGGACAAGAGAACACAUACAAUCGUCAACAACGAGUCGAGCGAGAUUAUCCGCAUCCUGUACAGCUCCUUCGACGAGUUUCUCGAGCCGGAUCAGCGUGAGAUCAAUAAAGCAGGCGGAGGCUUCUACCCAGCACAUCUUCGUGAAGAGAUCGAUACAAUGAAUGAAUGGGUCUACAACACCGUCAAUAACGGGGUGUAUAAGUGCGGCUUCGCAAAGACACAAGAAGCCUACGAUGCAAACGUUUAUCCGCUGUUCAAAUCUCUGGAUCGCUUGGAAACGCAUCUCGCAAAUCCUGCCCAUCAACCCUACCUCUUCGGCGGACACAUUACUGAGGCCGACAUCAGACUGUAUACGACCCUAGCCAGGUUCGAUGUUGCGUACCACAACAUCUUCAAAUGCAACUUGAAAUCCAUUCGCCAUGACUACCCUCGUUUGUCAAAGUGGCUACGGAAUCUAUAUUGGGAUGAGUCGGACCGAACUAAUGGUGGAGCGUUCAAAAAAUCUACAUAUUUUGAGAUCUACAAGUAUGGCUACGUGAAGGCCCAGGCGCGCGAGGUUCUGGGGACACCGGACGUUCCCUUGAUCAUUCCUCGCGGGCCUGUACCGGACAUCCAACCCUUGACAGACGAAGAGGAGGCUGAGCUAAUCAGUGGUACAACAAGAAAGUUGAACGGGCUUGCCCUUGACAACUCGGCUCGUAGCGUCGUUGGCAGCCCGACAAGUAACAAUCCCUUCUCUGCGGGUGCAGGAGGGGGAAUGGGUGCCCUGUUUGGUGCUGACAUCGACUCGCCUGCAGACGAGACUGGUUCUGUCACCACUGGGCUAGGCUCGACGACCGGCUCGCCGUCUACCAAAGGCCGCAUUGACGAGGAUGAUGGCGAGACUGGCUUUGACGAAAACGGGGAAUUCCAUCCCCGCCGCAUGAUCAAGCGGAGGACUACGUAUAGCGACGCCAAUGCCAAAUGGUACAAGGCGGCUAAGAAGGCGGCAAAGAAGGAGGGAGCUCCGCCCAUCCAUCUGGCUUUGUAG